AGUGCAGGCAGCAGUGCCGGAGAAUGCGGGGCUGGAGCAGCAGAGGAGCCGAGCGCGCACUCAGGGGAGGGAGCUCCGCCGCUCCGGGUAUAAAUGAAAGCAACAUCUGGAGAGUGGGAGCGAGGACAGGAUGACACAGGACUGCCGCCCCUGACCGCAAGGACACUGCAGGUGUAACCAUGGGGCCACCUUCCUGGUUCAGCAUGCUAUUCAUCACCAGCAUCGUUGCUGCAAGCAAGCCUUGUUUCCCGGGAUGUUCCUGCGAAGUUGAAACUUUUGGCUUGUUCGACAGCUUCAGCCUGACCAAAGUGGAUUGUAGUGGGGUUGGUUCCCACAUCGUUCCGGUCUCUAUCCCUCUGGACACGUCUUACUUGGAUCUUUCCUCAAACAAACUGGAACACGUCAAUGACUCUGUGUUGUCCGGUCCUGGGUACACAACGUUGGUCAACCUAAACUUGAGUUACAACCAAAUGGUGAAAAUUUCUUCUACAACGUUCUCCAAACUAAGAUACUUGGAGUCUCUGGAUCUCAGCCACAACCGGUUGGAGGCUCUUCCGGACCAUAGCUUUUUCUAUUCUCCUCUCGUGGAGCUAGAUGUAAGUUUUAACAAGCUGGAGGAGAUUAAGAUUGGCGCGUUCACCUCUCAAAAUAAUGGGAAGGCUAUGAAUAUUGACCUUUCCAACAAUUUGAUUAGCACUCUAUCAAGGGGGUCGGAUUCUCCUCUUCCAAACGUUCGGAGUUUGAAUUUGUCGGCAAAUAGGCUACGUUCCGUCCAAGGUCUUCAAGGAAUCCCUUUACAGUCUCUUAAUUUGGAUAAAAACCCAAUUUCUAAAAUCGAGGAACAUAACUUCUUGGGACUUAAAAGUUUAACCCAUUUAUCGUUGAGUAAUAUGCCAGAUUUAAGAGAGAUUGCUCCACGAAGCUUCAGCGACAUACAGUCUCUCCUAGUUCUCGACCUCUCGAAUAAUCCCAAUCUAGUAUCUCUAAGCGAGGAGGUCUUCUUUGGCCUGAGAUCCUUACAAGAGCUGAACUUGUUAAAUUCUGGGGUGCAGUCCUUACCCAAAGAUACUAUUCAUCACUUACCAUCCAUGAAAAGUAUCACCUGGGGAACUGAUAUCCAUUGUAUAAAGACUAUGAAAGAAGAUCAAUUCCAUCUACAAAAUGGCCUGGUCCGAAGGGAAGUUCUUGUCUGCCGUAACGAUCGAGGUGCUGUAUCAGCACAAGAUGUUUUGUAAGGAAAAAAAAAAAUACAAAUUCUCAUGUACAAGAUCGAUGCCUUUUUGAGAGAUUAUGUGCCUUUUUGAAAAAAAAAUUGUCAAUAAUUUAUUUAUAAAAUUUUUAUGAGCAAUAUUACUUGA